AAAAGAAGAACGAUUCUCGUAUCCUAUACUUUGGCUAACAGCCUAGUUUGCACACUACUCGGAGCAAAACAAGCGGUCUUGUUCGCAAAUGGAACACUCAUUAAAAUCUUAUAUUCAAAAUUUGCCACACGACAUCAUCUAAAAUACAAUAAAUACCACCAAUACAUGAAUUGAUAAGAAAAUAAUUUUUUAAAUAAAUGUUUGAAACGCGAUCUUAAUUUCCCUGUUAAUCAGUUUUAUAGUUAAGAUAAAAGAUUUAAUAUAAAAUCAUUUUGUACUGUGUCGCUUCGCGAGAGGUCGUCGCUGCUUGUUGAUUUUCCGAUUUAUUUUCUAAGAAAACUGCAAUGUCUAAGCGCACAGUAUUAAACGAGAAUUACAAGGGCAUAGUGGAGUCGAUGAGUAUUCCUGCUGAAAUACACGAGAGAAACGGCAAGAAGUACGCGAGCGUGGGGUCCAUACUGCCGAUACACUGCUGCCCGCCCGAAGAGCUGGAGCGACGCGCGGAGAGCACGCACCACUACUGCGGCGUGUUCACCGACGAACUGCUGGCACCGCUCGAGGAACUGGCCUACGUUAGACUCGACGAGAAUACUGCUGAGAAGGUCUUCAUAAACAGAGCCAAGCGCAUACUGAUAGUGUCAAGCGACGGGCACCUGGCGCAGUGGCGGUGCGCGCCGACCUUCGAGUCUGCGAACCGGUACAUCGCCGGCACGCCCAUCGUCGACCAGCGCGGGGGCGUCAUCUCCGUCGUUGUGGCGAAGAAAAACAACCACUAUGCCGUCUCCUCCUUCGAGGGUGAAGGCGGAUACUUUGAGAGCACACAAAACUGGAAGGUGGUUGAACCGGCUGCAGGCGGCUAUGCGUACGGGGAGUUGACUUUCCCGAGCCGCACCGCCCUCCGCGAGCACGUGGCGGGGCUGCGCGGGGGCGCGGGAGCGUGGGGGGACGCCGUGCCCGUGCUGCGGGGGGGCACGUCGCCGCGCCUCGCGCUGGUGCUGGACGGCAGGCAGCUCGCACACUACUACCUACACAAUGUUAUUGCGGACGUAGAAUACUUGUAACACGCAAAUGUACAAAGUAGUAUUCAUAGUUGAACAACGCUUUUUGAAAAGUGUUUUUGUUGUGUCUAGGUCAUGUCCUACGGUUGCUAGUGACAUGUUAAGUUUCUCACAUUUGUACAUUCAUAAAUUCCAAACGAUUGAUCAUCCAUUUACACCCUGACGUGUGAGGCCGCGCCUGCUCCACGUUAUUGAGCCGCAAGUGUACACGACACAGCGAUGUGACGUUGACUAUACCAUAUCGUUGCUGUUAACGAUGUGCUUAGUGCGAAUGUAUUAACAUUCUCCACGGUGUGAAAGUUAACUCUACGGCAACUAAGUUUGCCAAACGUUUCAACUCCUUGCGAAUUCGAAUUAUCACAAGCACACUGGUCGACCUGGCAACACU